CCGGCGCUCAGGCCGCUCCCCGGCGCCCGGUUUCCUGUUUAAGAUGGCGUCCCCUGUGGCGGCGCGGGCCGGGCAACUUCUGAGAGAGCUGGCGCUCCGGCCCCCGCUCCUGGCCUCCAGGUCCCAGACAGUUCAGGUAACCCCCAGGAGAUGGCUGAAUCUGCAGGAAUACCAGAGCAAGAAACUCAUGUCUGACAACGGAGUGAAGGUUCAAAGAUUCUUUGUGGCAGACACAGCAAAUGAAGCUCUGGAGGCGGCUGAGAGACUAAGGAAAAAACAGGGUCCAACCAAGCUGUGGGCCAAAUACAGGAAUGCAGACAACCAGAAGGCUGAAAAUGUAGAUGAUGCUAAAGAAAUUGUUUUAAAAGCCCAGAUCUUAGCUGGAGGAAGAGGAAAAGGUGUCUUCAGUAGUGGUUUGAAAGGAGGCGUUCAUUUAACGAAAGACCCUAAAGUUGUAGGACAGCUGGCUAAACAGAUGAUUGGAUAUAAUCUAGCAACAAAACAAACUCCCAAAGAAGGUGUGAAAGUUAACAAGGUGAUGGUUGCCGAAGCCUUGGAUAUUUCCAGAGAAACAUACUUGGCGAUUCUGAUGGACCGGUCUUGCAAUGGCCCUGUACUGGUGGGCAGCCCUCAAGGGGGUGUUGACAUUGAAGAAGUGGCAGCUUCAAAUCCAGAACUUAUUUUUAAGGAGCAAAUUGACAUUAUUGAAGGGAUAAAGGACAGCCAAGCUCAGCGGAUGGCAGAAAAUCUAGGCUUUGUUGGGCCUUUGAAAAACCAGGCUGCAGAUCAAAUUAAGAAGCUGUAUAAUCUCUUCCUGAAAAUUGAUGCUACCCAGGUGGAAGUGAAUCCCUUUGGUGAAACUCCACAAGGACAAGUUGUCUGUUUUGAUGCCAAGAUAAACUUUGAUGACAAUGCAGAAUUCCGACAAAAGGACAUAUUUGCUAUGGAUGACAAAUCAGAGAAUGAGCCCAUUGAAAAUGAAGCUGCCAGAUACGAUCUGAAAUACAUAGGACUGGAUGGGAACAUUGCCUGCUUUGUGAAUGGUGCUGGACUUGCCAUGGCUACUUGUGACAUCAUUUUCCUGAAUGGUGGGAAGCCAGCCAACUUCUUGGAUCUUGGUGGUGGUGUAAAGGAAGCCCAAGUGUAUCAAGCCUUCAAACUGCUCACAGCUGAUCCUAAGGUUGAAGCCAUCCUCGUCAAUAUUUUUGGUGGAAUCGUCAACUGUGCCAUCAUUGCCAAUGGGAUCACCAAAGCCUGCCGGGAGCUGGAACUCAAGGUACCGCUGGUGGUCCGGCUGGAAGGAACCAAUGUCCACGAGGCCCAGAACAUUCUCAGUAACAGCGGACUCCCUAUUACUUCAGCGGUUGACCUGGAAGAUGCGGCCAAGAAGGCUGUGGCCAGCGUGGCUAAGAAGUGAUGGCUUUGCCUUGACCCCUUGGAGGAAGAAGUCCAUUUUCCCAUAAAAAAAGAAUGGUUCUCUCAUCACUAUGAAGGAAAUGGUUAUCCCAUUGGGAAGAAACAGGGAGAGGGGAUGAGCAAGAAUCCCAAUGAAGAAUCUUGAAUCUGUAUAUUCUUGAAUAAGAUAUCUAGGUAGCCAAAUAAUCUGAUUUCACUUAUGUCUUCACUAUAUUAAUGUUGUAUGUUCUCAUACUUUUUUCUCACGAUAAUCCUGCUCAGUAGGCUUUGUUUUGCCGACUUUGCAGAGCAGUCUGUGUGGCCAAAGAGUGUGCAUAUAUAUAGAAUUUGAGAUCAGGCCAUGGUUCAUUACAACAGUUUUGGUGGACAUUUAGCCCUGUAUAAAAUUUUUUUUUAAAUCCACAGGCUGUGUAAAUUCAUUUAACAGAUUAACUGUCAAAAAGGUGCCUCUCAGUCAAUCAAGAAAAUAGGUGUCACACACUGUAACAGUCUUAACUAGCUUCUAAUUCCAACAUUUGUUUGGAAAUCCGUGAAUGUUCUGAAAUGUAUUUUACAAUGAAAGAUGCCUUAAUAUUGAAUAUACUGUUUACCUCACACUGAAAAUAAAGUCAGAGAUCUUGUAAUCUUGGAGUCAAAGGUGUUCUCUCUUAAUGUUAAAACUGAAGAAGGCUGAUUCUUAGAGAAAUCUCUGUGAUUAUGUCAUUUCGAGGUGAGGAACACUAAAGAUCAAAUUAUGUUGUGAGUGUAAGUCUUAGCCCCCACCCCACCCAUCACCUCAGAAUCUGCCAGCUGGGAAAAUGUAAUUGAGAGGAUGUGGCUUUUUCUCAUAAUGUCCAUUUUUGUGGUUGGAAAGAAUUUGUAUUAGAUUUUUUAAAUCUCGGUAAAUUUUUAUCUGUACACAAAUUUAAAUAAAACUCUGUUUUGUAAGCUCUAA